UAAAGAUGUAGCUCUGAACUGGUAGCUAUUCGCGUGCGUGACUUAUCAUGGAGAUCCUCGUGACUUGUUCAGCGUUCACAAUAUUAGCGAUCACGUUGAUCGCUAUAAUUCUCGCGAAAUUAAUUACGGUGAUAUAUCGAAAGCAGACGUACUGGAAGAGCAGACGGGUGCCUUACAUCAGGUCCGUCCCAGUACUCGGUGUUAUGUGGAAGUUCUUUUUACGCCGAAUCACAAUUCUGGAACUCAGUGGCGAAAUGUACAACUCUUAUCCGAACGCGAGAUACGUGGGAUUCAUCAACGCCAUUUUUCCGGCCGUGUUGAUCCGUGACCCUGACUUAAUUCGAGACGUAGCCGUGAAGUAUUUCGACCACUUUACAGACCGUUACAAUUUCGUCAAUGAAGAAAUCGAGCCUAUGUUCGGGAAGAGUUUGCCCCUGUUACGCGGUGAACGUUGGAAGGAGAUGAGGAACAUUCUCAGUCCGUCUUUCACGGCAAGUAAAAUGAGAUUCAUGUUCGAGCUUGUAUCGAAAUGUUCCCGAGACUUCGUGGAUUAUUUCGUCGAGCAUCCGGAGUAUACUUCGUUCAUAGAAGCCAAAGACGCCUUCGCUAGGUACACCAAUGACGUGAUAUUCACCGUAGCUUUUGGAAUAAACGUGAAUUCGUUGAAGGAUCGGGAGAACGAGUACUUCGUCCGAGGGAAAACGAUCUUCAACGAUAUAUUUGGGAGCAUCUUUAAAGUGUUAAUCAUAAACACGUGUCCAGCUUUCGCGAAGAUGAUCGGAAUGAAGAUUAUCUCACCUGCGACCACGAGUCUCUUUCGCAGAACAAUUUCGGAUGCUCUGAAGGCGCGUCGCGAACAGGGCAUCGUUAGACCGGAUAUGCUGCAUCUUUUGAUGCAGGCUAAAGCAAAGGAUUCCGAGACAGAAUUGACCGUCGACGAUAUCAUUUCUCAGGCAUUCACCUUCUUCUUGGCUGGCUUCGAUUCAUCUUCUACCAUGAUGGGUUUCAUGGUGUACGAACUGGCAUUGAAUCCAGAUAUUCAAGAGAAGCUUCGUAACGAAGUGGAUCAGUAUUUUGACGAGACUAAUGGGGAAAUUAAUUACGAGACCCUCUCGAAAAUGGAGUACAUGGAUAUGGUUGUAUCGGAGACUAAUAGGAAGCAUACUUUCUCGGUCUUUGUUGAUCGAGUUUGCACGCAAGAAUUCGAAUUACCUCCAGCAGAGCCUGGUUACAACAGCGUUACUAUUAAGCCCGGUGAUUGUGUAUGGUUUCCUAAUUAUGCAUUGAAUCAUGAUCCAAAAUAUUUCCCGGAUCCAGAGAAAUUCGAUCCGGAAAGAUUUAACGAAGAGAAUAAAGGGAAUAUUCUUCCUUAUACUUAUCUUCCAUUUGGAGUUGGACCUCGACAGUGUAUUGGCAAUAGGUUCGCGUUGAUGGAGAUAAAAAUUUUGAUGGUUCAUUUAUUGCGGAAAUUUGUAAUCAAACCUAACGAAAAGACUCCGAUUCCUCUUGUAUUUAAAAAGGCUAAUUUUGCAUCGGUUCCGGUAGAUGGAUGGUGGUUCAGUUUGGAGAAAAGGAAAUUUUAAAUUUAUUAUUCAUCGUUGUUUUUCUCUAUAAAAAUAUUUAAAUGUCUUCUUUAUUUUAUUUUUAGUAUAUCUCGAUGAUAAAUGUGUUCAAAAACAAAGAAAUUUAAUUUUACUAUCUAAGGCAUGGCUGUUUGUGCUUCAGUUAGGAAAAAUAAUUUCUGCUGGCAGAUAUUUUUUAAAUAUUUCUUCAAAGUAUUAUAGUAUUGUAACUUUUAUAAAGUAUUUUGAAAUUUAUCUACACUUUGAAAUUGAAACUGGGUAAAAUAGAAUGCGAAUAAAAAGAAUAUAUCUACAAAGACA